AUGAGCGCGGACCUGGACGGCGUCUCGCUGCGCUCCUCGUCCUCGUCGUCGGGCUCGCUGGGCUCGGCGGCGGGGCCGGCGCCGCGGCCGCUCUCGGCCAACGUGCGGCGGCUGCACCAGGCGCUCACGGCGCUGCUGAGCGAGGCGGAGCGCGAGCGCUUCCUGCUCUGCCUCAACGCSUACCACGGCCGCCGCAACGUGUGCGACCUGGUGCGCUCCCUGCGCGCGCUGCUCGACGGCCCGCGCCGGCGGCAGCUGCUGCCGCUGCUGCGCCUCGUGCUGCCGCGCUCCGACCAGCUCCUCUUCGACCAGUACACGGCCGAGGGGCUCUACGUGGCGCCGCUGGCCCCCGCCGCCGGCCCGGGCGAGCUGCGCCAGGUGACGCUGCGGCGGAACAAGGCGCACGAGGGCCUGGGCUUCAGCAUCCGUGGCGGCGCCGAGCAUGGCGUGGGCAUCUACGUGUCCCUCGUGGAACCUGGCUCGCUGGCCGAGCGUGAGGGGCUGCGUGUUGGUGACCACAUCCUGGGCGUCAAUGGCAAGAGCCUCGACAGAGUGACCCACGCCGAGGCCGUCAAGGCACUGAAGGGUUGCAAGAAGCUGAACCUGUCGGUGCAUUCAGUGGGACGCAUCCCCGGAGGAUAUGUCACCAACCACAUCUACACGUGGGUGGACCCCCAGGGCAGGAGUGUGUCCCCACCGCUGGGCCUGCUGCACCACCAGAACAGCUCCCUCCGCAAGGACAGCGAGAAGAGGAGCCACCUCCAGCUCCUGCAAGAGGGAGACGAGAAAAAGGUGAAUCUGGUCCUGAACGAAGGCAAGUCCCUGGGCCUCAUGAUCAGAGGAGGGGCAGAGUAUUCCCUAGGCAUCUACAUCACUGGCGUGGAUAAAGGCUCGGAAGCGGAGAGCACUGGCCUGAAGGUAGGAGACCAGAUCCUGGAGGUGAAUGGCAGAAGCUUCCUCAGCAUCCCCCAUGACGAGGCCGUGAAAAUGCUCAAGUCUUCCCGCCACCUCAUCAUGACAGUGAAGGACAUUGGGAGACUGCCCCACGCCCGCACCACCGUGGAUGAGACCAGGUGGAUAGCAAGCUCCCAGAUCGGAGAGACCCUCGUCAACUCAGCAGGGGCAGUGGGCAACCACGCUGCGGAGGCGACAGCCAGGCCUGUGUUUUACCGAGGGCUGGCGGGCUCCCAGGUGAYGCUGAGCAGCAUGGUGAACCAGAGCCGGGUCAUGCUGGAAGAACAAGCGCGGCACCUGCUCAAUGAGCAGGAGCGGGCAACCAUGGGCUACUACCUUGAUGAGUAUAAGGAAGGCAACAUCUCCGUGGAUGCUCUGGUCAUGGCACUCUUCGAACUGCUCAACACACAUGCUAAGUUCUCACUACUCUCGGAGGUGCGGGGCAUGAUCUCCCCACAAGACCUCGACCGCUUCGACAACCUGGUGCUGAAGCGGGAGAUCGAGUCCAUGAAGGCCCGGCAGCCCUCGGCUCCCAGCAUCGGCACCGACUCCUACUCCAUGAUGUCCUACAGCGACACCGUCUCUUCCUCCAGCAGCCACUUCACCUCGACAACUGUCAGCUCAGCCAGGGAGCGGCUCUUAUGGCUGAUAGACCUGAUGGAGAACGCAUCAGAAYUGGAGGGAGGUGGAGACAACCAACAAAGCAGCAUCAACACCUUGCCAGACAUCUCCCUGGAUGAUCUGUCAUCCUUCCCAGAAGAACCACCCGACUUUAAGCCUCCGCCUCCUCCCUCAGCCCCUCAGAGGCUGGACCCCGCUGUUGCCCAGCACAGGAACCCUGGACAAGAGAAGCCAAAGCGCCCUUCCUCCGAGUCCUCUCAGUCAGGCCUCUUCUUUGUGGCCCCCCGAAACCCAACACCCCCUCCCUGCCACCCCGAGAAGGACACAGUCAGCCUGACCUCCUCCACUAACUCGUCCACGGAGGAGUCUGCCCCAAACGCUAUCUACGCUACCAUUUCUCCAGCCCUGCACAGCUCCAGGAGGCAUGUAGACGCGCAGCUCUCCUUGGUCAGCCAGCACCCCAUCGGUCCUUUCCCCAGAGUCCAGUCCCCAACAAGGUUGAAGAGCCCGUCCCCAGAGAGCCCUGCAGCCUGUGGGCUCCCCAGCACAUCUUCCCCGUCCCCUCCUCCUCCUCCGUCCCACCCAGCGCCGCCGCCACCGGACAAAGGCAGCCCGCGGGCAGUCACCAACCAGCACUUCAUCAUGGUGGAGGUUCAUCAACCCAACAGCGAGCCUGACGUCAACGAAGUGAGGCCCUUGCCCCAGGCCAGAGCCUCCACGCUGUCGCAGCUGUCAGACAGCGGGCAGACCCUCAGCGAGGACAGCGGCGUGGACAUUGGCGACGCCGAGACCAGCAGCAAGGACAAGAGCCGGCAGCCGCUCCCUGGGAAAGGCCGAAGCCUCCCGGAGGCCGUGAUGAGCGAGGGGGCAGCAGAGGGGGCCUCCAAGCCGCCCGGGCUCUUGGAGCCCACCUCGUGUCUGAUCCGAGUGUCCAAGAGYGCCCCGACCUUGGGAAUCGCCAUCGAGGGUGGAGCGAACACUCGGCAGCCGCUGCCCCGCAUCGUCACCAUCCAGCGCGGGGGCUCUGCGCACAACUGCGGCAAGCUCAAGGUGGGACACGUCAUCCUGGAGGUGAACGGCACGGGGCUGCGCGGCAAAGAGCACCGGGAGGCAGCGCGCAUCAUCGCCGAGGCCUUCAAACUCAAGGAGAAGGACUACAUCGAUUUCCUGGUCACAGAAUUCAACGUGGCCCUUUAGGAGCCACGCAGGGCUCSGGAGGAGCGGGGCAGGUGA